AACCUCGCAUACCAAUAGUGGCCUCUACCUUGCCUGAAUUCUAGAGAAAACAGUCGAGUUGUCACUUUUCUUUGGACUUUGAGAGUCAGAAUGAAGGUUUUACUUCUUUUGGCAUUCGUUGUGCUAGUGACUGCUUUUGCGGAGGCAAAACCAAAAUGGAAGAAAGUUCUGCAAGAGAGGAAGCAAAGGAUCACCGAGGAAAAGCACAGGCAACACUGCAGUGAGAUAGAAUGCCCUAAGUAUUCUGCCUGCAAGAUCAAGAAAACUGGAAAAUCCAUCAAAGUCAUUUGCGUCAAAUGCAAGCCAUGCCCAGAAGRRGMGGAAAGUCGCCCAGUGUGUGGGACUGAUGGUAACCAGUACGAGAGCCGCUGUGAUCUGAACUAUCAGGCCUGUAUGCAUAAUAAAAUAGGCCUUCUUAGAGUCAAAUGCCAAAGUACUUGCGCCGAAUGUAGCGGAAAUCGAGUGAAGGAACACAUGAUCGACAGUAACAGACUGCCUAAAGCAGAUACGAGGGAUAGUGACGGGUAUCUUACCGAAGGGCAGCCUGAAGAAGAAGAAGAAGAAAUGGAAGAAACUGAGAAUAUUAAAAGUUCCAAGAGGUACAAGAAAUGGAAUCAAUGGAAGAAGUACAAGCAUGACUUCCAGAAGUACAAGAUGCAAGUGAUGCAGAUGGCUGGCAUGCAGCUAACAGAUGAGAACAACUGCUCUCAGUACGAGAACGCGACUUUAGGAAGUCGUUUGUUGGACUGGUUCCACGUUCUAAGGUCAGAGUACAUYAAGCACAACCUUAAAAAGGCCGGCAARCCCGUUGUCCAUCCAAUAAUUCCUCAGAUGGAAUUGAGACAAGCGCAUGAACCCUACCCUUGUGGCCAUCACCAUGACGAAUGCCGUGARCCUAUUAACUUCAUGUUCCAUUACCUGGACAUGAAUGAUGAUCACGUGUUGGGCCAGGAAGAGUUGCURGAACUCAAACAGAUCCCUUAUGAACACUGCAUUACGCAGUUCCUAAACAGCUGUGACAAGACCAAGGACGAACAACUGUCCGUCCAAGAAUUUUGUGAAUGUUUCCCCGUUGAACCACCCUGUCUUGCUAAAUUGAAGGAUGUCCCAACCAUCGUCCAACGAGGCCAACCAAUCCCUCUUCCAGGCCACUUUCUACCUCGAUGUGACRCGGACGGGUUCUUCCUACCCAUGCAGUGUCAUAUGAAGGCAACGGCUGAGUUCUGUUGGUGUGUUGACCGUAAUGGUGGCAARAUCGAGGGCACCUACAAGAAAGGAAAAACUGAUUGUGAUGACAACACCAUCAACCCACGUGACAAUGAAGACUUGUAAAGUGGAGCAAUAUAUUUUUUACUUAAGUCGUCUUAUUUUAAUCAAUAUCUGUUAAUUAAAUUUAUAACUGAAUAUAGCAAACCCGUGGUGCUGGUCUUGCAUGGUGAAAAACAGUUAGAUUUAUAUUUUUGAGAGCGAAAAUUUUUAAAUUACAAAAUAAUAGCCGUAGUAAUUAGAAAUGAUUUGUAAAGUUUGCUAGUUUUUUAAACAAGUUUUAUGAAAAA